AGCUCUUUUGGAGUUUUCCCUCCAGAAAAGUAUGGCUUCUUCGUAAUGAUGACAUCCUACUCAAUAUUCAAUACUGCGGGCAAUUGGUUCUGGUUUCGCAUAGUUAAAACAAAAAUAUCGAAUAUGUCUAAAUCGUUGAUCCCCCACCUCGUCAACUCAUUCAUACGGAUUCUAAUGACUAUAUCUGGGUUGUGUUUAACUGGUCUGUCCAUUUUUGAUAUGGAAAAAUAUAAUUGGCACCACUACCUGAUGACUGUUUGCAACUUCUUCUGUCAUGGCCUAUCAGCUAUGUUGGGUGGUUGUUUGUUGUUCAAGUAUUUCGAAGAUUCCCGUUGGUUCUGGUGUGUUCGAUUCAUACUGACCAUCAAAAUGCUACUCAGUGCUAUAGCGUUCGCAUAUUUUAACCAUGCUGGUCUUCAUUUACUGGAUACACUGAACAUUUAUCGAAUGCUACCAACAGAUGGUGGAUACUGGGAAUUCGUUUACUGUGCUAUGGCUGAGUGGGUUAUGGUCGCCACAUGCAUAAUAUACACGCUAGUCAUCGCACUGGAAACCAAUAAAUACGGAAGGUCUGUGAUGAGAACAGUUUCCAGAGACACCUCUACGGUUCAACUCUUGAGAAAUGUAUAAACUGUGCUAAAUUGAAAAGAAAUUUGUAAUUGUGUUCAG